UCUAAGAUCGUGCGGUUGUGGUUGCUACAGCAGUGCGAGUAGCGUAUGUGAACUAAUCGGCGUGUGAAAAAAUACACGUAUAAAAAGAAACAACAACAAAAUAAAUAAAAAUAAAACGCAUACUAGUUGCUACAAUCUUGUCUUAUCAUCAUCAACUUCAUUAGCAUACAGAACGAGAUUUUGUUUUUAUUUAAUACAAAUUGUAUUAAUCUAAUAUUAUUUUUUAAUUUUUGAAAAGAUUUCUCAUAUUUUCCACUCAUAAAUACCGGGAAUUAGAAUAAAAAAUUUAUUUUAAUCUAUACAAAUCUAUAAAUUGAGUUGAAAGCAGUUAAAUUUCAAUCACUGUGUUUUUGUUUGUGUGGUGUGAAAAUACUUCUAGACAUACAUACAAAUCAAAUCAACUCAAAUCAAUUAAUUGAGCUAUAAACAAAAAAUAACAACAACAAUUACAAUGUUAAUUUAUAACAAAGUUUUAGCCUCAGUAUGCCUACUACUACAACUGCUCUCACACAUAAAUGCCCAAGGUCCUCCGGUAUUUGCAACUCUAUCUACAACUGCUGGUAAUACAGCUAAAAUUAACUCAAACCGAAUGGCACUGCAGGACUCUCUACAAAUAUCACAAGGAGCUGAGAAAUUUUCACUUGAAUUCCUAAAACAAAUAUCUGAUGCACAUACCUCGGUGCCCAAUCGCAGUUAUAUGGUUUCACCCUUUGCAGUGUGGUCACUCUUGCUACUACUAACCGAAGGUGCUGGCGGCAAAACUUUAACAGAACUGCGUAAUACUCUGCAUACAGGCAAUGAUCAAAAUGCUGUUAGGGCGGCAUAUCAUCUAAUAUCACGUUAUUUAACUGUUAAUACCACCACCAUUGAAGUGGCCUCCUUUAAUGCCCUAUUCACGAACAUCAAUAAACCAGUUAGUCGUGAUUAUGAGGACAUUAUUGAACGUGAUUAUGCUUCAGCUUUAAUACCUGUUGAUUUCGAUGAUGUUAACAAUACAUUUACCAAGAUUAAUCGUGAUAUUAGAGAGGCUACCAGAGGUCUGAUACCAUAUACGGUUACACCACAAGAUUUUCAAGAUGCUAAUAUUUUAAUGGUCUCAUCGCUGUAUUUUAAGGGAAAAUGGAAGUAUCCCUUCGAAUCCUCGAAAACACGUCCUUUACCUUUUCACGAUGAAGAUGGCAAACUUUUGGGUGACGUACAAAUGAUGACACAAAUGGGUCUCUUCACCUAUGUCAACGUCAAAGAGCUGGAUGCUCAUGUUCUCGAACUACCUUAUGGCAAAGAAAAUCGCUUGUCCAUGUUAAUUAUUCUACCAAAAAGGGGUGUCAAGCUGAACAGGGUUAUCAAUAAUUUAGCAAAUGUUGGUAUCAAACAAAUUCACCAACAACUCCAGGUUGCUGCACAAUACUAUGACAAUGAUGAUGACAAACCUGAGGUGGAAGUAUUUAUACCUAAAUUUACAACGGAAUCUCAUUUCACAUUGAGUCCUAUUUUAAGAAAUAUGGGCAUUCAAGACUUAUUUGAUUCGUCUAGAGCAAAUUUGGAUAAGAUAGCCAGAGAUAAUUAUGUUUCGAGUAUUUUCCAUGCCACACGCAUCAUUGUGAAUGAGGAGGGCACAGAAGCUGGUGCUGUUACAACAGCCGUUUUAACUAAUAAGGCAUCACCUACACGUUUCUAUGUUGAUCGUCCAUUUGCCUAUUUGAUUGUGGAGAAGACUGCAAAUGUUUUGUUAUUCGCCGGCGAAGUCAAAUCUAAUGUUUAAAUAAUUAAAAUUUAAUAUUUACAUAAAACCCUAAGUCGAUUAAAUGAAUUACGAAAAGAUAAGAUUA